AUGAAGCACCUCGCAGCAUACCUCCUCCUCACCCUCGGCGGCAACGAGUCUCCCUCCGCCAGCGAUGUCAAGGAAGUCCUCUCCGCAGUCGGUGUUGAGGCCGACGGCGACCGUCUCGAUUCUCUGCUCAAGGAGCUCGAGGGCAAGGACAUCAACGAGCUGAUCUCGGAGGGUCAGACCAAGCUCGCAUCCGUCCCAUCGGGCGGCGCUGCGGCAGGUGGUGCUGCUCCGGCCGCUGCCGCUGGCGGUGAUGCUGCGCCAGAGGCUGCGAAGGCGGAGGAGAAGGAAGAGGAGAAGGAGGAGUCGGACGAGGACAUGGGCUUCGGUCUGUUCGACUAA